AUGAUAGUCGAUGGAUCACAGAUUCAGAGACUCGAUACGCUAGCUGGCGUCAGUUUCGGUGACCCUGUACUGGAUCCAAGAAAGCCGGAGUUUGACAUGUACAAAUGGGCGCGAAUGUUUUUCAAAUUGUCCCAAGAAGAGCACAUAUCCAUGAGACAAGCUGGAUUCACCUUCAAAAAUCUUAAUGUUUCUGGAUCUGGAAAUGCGCUUCAACUUCAGAAGGAUGUCGUAGAUCCACUCAUGCUCCCGUUUCGUCUGGGAGAGCACUUCAGCUUUGGCAAACGGCAAGAGAAGAUGAUCCUCCACGACUUCGAGGGUAUGGUGGACGCUGGUGAAAUGCUGAUCGUGCUUGGUCGGCCUGGCUCUGGUUGCUCUACGUUUCUGAAGACGAUUUGUGGAGAGACACACGGGCUACACAUCAACGAUGGUUCAGUGAUCAACUACAAUGGUAUUCCUCAAGAGACCAUGGUCAAGCACUUCAAGGGCGAUCUCGGCUACAACCAAGAAGUCGAUAGGCAUUUUCCACAUUUGACAGUCAAUGAGACGCUCGAAUUCGCUGCUGCAGCUCGUACGCCAGAUAAAAGAUUCGCUGGCAUAUCACGAAAAGAGUACAUGCAGCACUUGACGCAGGUGAUGAUGAAUCUCUUCGGGCUUACCCAUGCCAAAGACACUAAAGUUGGUAACGACUACAUUCGUGGAGUUUCAGGUGGCGAGCGGAAGCGUGUCUCUAUUGCUGAGAUGGCGCUGGGUGGAAGCGCCAUAUGUGGAUGGGACAACUCUACUCGAGGUCUUGAUUCUGCAUCCGCCCUUGAGUUCACCCGAUCUCUGAAGAUUGCGGCGAAGACGAAUGGCAUGUGUCACGGUGUAGCCAUCUACCAAGCCUCGCAGGCCAUCUAUGACUUGUUCGACAAAGCUAUCGUUCUUUAUAAGGGAAGGCAGAUCUUCUUUGGCCCAACGGACGUUGCCAGGCAGUAUUUCAUCGACAUGGGUUGGGAAUGCCCUGCACGACAGACUACUGGAGACUUCCUGACUUCCGUCACUAAUCCAUCCGAGCGAAUCCCACGACCUGGAUUCGAAAGUAGGGUUCCUCGAACGCCAGAUGAAUUUGUCGCCUACUGGAAGAGAUCCGACGAGUAUGCGAUUCUCCACGAAGAAAUGGACAUCAACGAGCGUGCCACCUCUGGCUCUAUCUCAUUGGGCCAGUUCCAACAGUCGCACCGUGAACAGCAAUCGAAACAUGCUCGUCCCGGCUCGCCGUACGUACUCUCCAUUCCCAGGCAGCUUGCACUCUGUAUGAGACGUUCAGUUCAGAGAACGAUGAACGAUAUGGCUGCGACGGUCACCACGGUCGUGGGCCAGAUCAUCAUGGCCUUGAUUAUCGGUUCCAUCUAUUUCGGUACCCCUAACGAUACGAAUUCAUUCUUUGCCAAGGGAGCCGUUCUUUUCUUCGCUAUCCUUCUCAAUGCUCUGAUUGCCAUCACGGAAAUCAACGCGCUUUAUAGUUCACGCCCGAUUGUCGAGAAACAGGCCUCGUACGGCUUCUACCACCCAUUCGUUGAAGGCCUAGCGGGUAUCACUGCCGACAUUCCCGUGAAGUUUAUCGCCGCUACCACUUUCAGUAUCAUCAUUUACUUCUUGGCUGGUCUGCGUCGUGAGGCUUCCCAGUUCUUCAUCUUCUUCCUCUUCAACUUCGUCGCUCAGCUAUGCAUGACCUGCAUUUUCAGAACCAUUGCCGCCUUGACCAAGACGGUCUCGGUCGCUUUGACAGGUGCAGGCAUUCUAGUCUUGAUGAUCAUCAUCUACACUGGAUUUACGCUACCGAGGACCUACAUGCACCCCUGGUUCGAAUGGAUCUCGUACGCCAACCCCAUCGCCUUCGCCUUCGAAGCUAUCCUGGUGAACGAAGUCCAUGGUCGUCGAUUCCCAUGCUCCACCAUUGUCCCCUCAUAUGCAGAUCUCUCUGGUACCAACUUCGUCUGCUCCGUUGCUGGCUCUGUCCCUGGCGAAUUCGACGUGUCUGGCGAUGCGUGGGUCAACUCGGCCUAUGGAUACAGCUACUCCCACAUCUGGCGCAACCUCGGCUUCAUCUUCGCAUUCCUCAUCUUCUUCCUUUUCACUUACCUUGCCAGCACCGAAUUCAACUCCUCGACAUCGUCCACGGCCGAGGUUCUGGUCUUCCGCCGCGGUAAUGUGCCAGCGUACAUGCAAAACCUGAACAGCGACUCUGAGCAAGGCCCACCUGAUUCUUCAUCCAGCAAGGACACGAUUGAAAACGAGAAGCAGAACGGUACGAUUGACGGCAUUCCUCCACAGAAGGACAUCUUCACCUGGCGCGACGUUAAGUACGAGAUCCCUGUAAAGGGCGGUAAACGUGUCUUGCUUGAUCAUGUUUCUGGAUGGGUGAAACCUGGUACACUCACUGCUCUUAUGGGUGUCAGCGGUGCUGGUAAGACGACGCUUCUCGAUGUUCUUGCUCAAAGAGUGUCUUUUGGUGUCAUCACUGGAGACAUGCUCGUAAAUGGUAAACCGCUGGAUGCGAGUUUCCAACGAAAGACCGGCUAUGUUCAACAACAAGAUCUCCAUCUCGAGACUUCCACGGUCAGAGAGGCCUUGAGAUUCAGCGCGAUGCUUCGACAGCCAAAGUCCGUAUCCAAGAAGGAGAAAUACGACUUUGUUGAGGACGUCAUCAAGAUGCUCGCCAUGGAAGACUUCGCCGAGGCGGUUGUCGGCUCGCCAGGCGAGGGUCUGAAUGUUGAACAACGAAAGCUUCUCACGAUUGGUGUUGAGCUUGCAGCCAAACCCGCCCUUCUUCUUUUCUUGGAUGAACCCACUUCAGGUCUCGACUCUCAAUCUUCAUGGGCAAUCGUAUCCUUCCUUCGCAAGCUCGCAGACAACGGCCAGGCCGUCCUUGCCACCAUUCACCAGCCUAGCUCCAUCCUAUUCCAGUCCUUCGAUCGCCUCCUCUUCCUCGCGAAGGGCGGACGCACGAUCUACUUCGGCGAUAUUGGCGAGAACUCACGCACACUUCUCGAUUACUUCGAGCGCAAUGGAUCCCGCAGCUGCGACGACGAAGAGAAUCCGGCCGAGUUCAUGCUCGAGAUCGCUGGUGCCGGCUCGCAGGGCAAAGCUACACAAGACUGGCACGAAGUGUGGAAGGCCAGCCCUGAGGCCACAGAGGUGCAGAGAGAGCUUAACAGGAUCCAUGAAUCCAAGAGGCACGAGGAAGUAGCUGGCUCUGAUGCGGAAGGUCAACGCGAGUUCGCGAUGCCAUUCCCGCAGCAGCUAUUCUUCGUCACGCAACGUGUGUUCCAGCAGUACUGGCGUACGCCGUCGUACAUCUGGGGAAAGCUUCUUCUUGGUAUUCUGUCGUCAUUGUUUAUCGGCUUCUCGUUCUACCACCAGGAUAGCAGCCAGCAGGGUCUCCAAAACUCCAUCUUCUCCGUUUUCAUGCUGACCACUAUCUUCUCCACGCUUGUCCAACAGAUCAUGCCCUUGUUUGUCACGCAACGAUCGCUCUACGAAGUCCGCGAACGCCCUUCGAAAGCUUACAGCUGGAAGGCCUUCCUCGUCGCCAAUGUCUUCGUCGAGAUUCCAUGGCAGGUCCUCAUGGGCAUUCUCGUGUUCGCCUGCUACUACUACCCCAUCUUCACAAGCGACGGCAUCCAAUCGUCGGAGCGCCAGGGUCUCAUCCUCCUCUACAUGAUCCAAUUCUUCGUCUUCGGAAGCACCUUUGCGCAUGCCCUCAUCGCAGGUCUUCCCGAUGCCGAAACCGCUGGAAACAUCGCCACAUUCCUUUUCUCUAUGUGCUUGGUCUUCAACGGUGUCAUGCAACCUCCGCAAGCACUCCCCGGUUUCUGGAUCUUCAUGUACCGGGUAUCCCCCUUCACAUACUGGAUCUCCGGUGUCGCCUCAACCGGCAGCGCCGACCGCGUCGUCAACUGCGCAUCCAACGAGCUCGCCGUUCUCGACCCACCAUCCGGCCAGUCCUGCGGAGAGUACCUCUCCCCCUACGCCUCGGCCGCCGGCGGCCAACUCCUCAACCCAGACGCGACGUCGCAGUGCCAGUACUGCCCGCUCACGAUCUCCGACCAGUUCCUCGGCAGCGUCGCCAUCUCGUACCACGACCGCUGGCGCAACUUCGGCAUCUUCUGGGCCUACAUUGUGUUCAAUAUCUUCAUCGCUGUGCUUUUCUACUAUUGUUUCCGUGUGGGUGGGUUUAAGAAAUUGAUUAGGCUUGAGCCGCUGAGGAAGAGGAUUCAGAGGUUCAGAGGGAGGACUGGGAAAUUGGAUGAGAAGGAUAGGGCGAGGAAUAGUCGUAUCAUUUAA